AUGAACCCUAAAGUACGUCAAAGUCGCAAUCUCACCCCCGAAGAGUGUGCUGCAGUUAUUGCAUUAUUUGAAGAAGGCUUGUCUCAGGUACAAAUAGCGGAAAGAUUUCAGGUUGGACAAUCAACGAUCUCGCUAGCAAUAAGAAGAUUCCAGGACACUGGAAAUAACCAGAGAAGACCAGGCCAAGGCCGUGGUCGAAUAACCGAUGCCCAUCAGGAUCGAUUUUUGAGACUUCAGACUCUGCGAGAAAGGUUUGUGACAGCUACAUUGCUCCACCAGAAUUAUAUAAGGCGAUAUAACCAACAAAUAAGCAGCGAUACGAUAAGAAGACGUCUUAGAGAGGAUAAUCUGAGACCCAGAAUGGCUGCAACUGGACCACCGUUGUCCCCAGAGCACCGAAGAGUCCGACUGGCUUUUGCUAGAGAGCAUGUAAAUUGGGAAAACCAUCAAUGGUCGAACGUAUUGUUCACAGAUGAGUCUAGGUUUUGCCUAUCUGGCAAGGAUCGUCGUAUUCCAGUAUACAGAAGGCCGGGCGAACGAUUUGCGCAAUGCUGUAUACAACCAAAACAUGCUUAUGGUGGUGGGUCAGUUAUGGUAUGGGGCGGCAUUAAUAUGGAAGCUCGAACGGAACUGGUGAUCGGACGGCCUCUCUGA